CUUCCAGGACCGGCUGGGAUGAGGUGGGAGGAGGAACUGGAAAAGGUGAAGAGGUGCUUGACACUCGGGGGCGGUCCCCAGCGAGAAUGCGCCACCCGGCCGCCUCGCCCCGCCUCCCUAGCUUCUGGGGCCUCCGCCACCCCUGGCACUAGCCGCCUUUCCUGAACCGAAGCGCAGUGCGCAGCUGGGGGGAAAGAUGUUCACCGUGAUGACCCGUCAGCCAUGUGAACAAGCAGGCUUCAGGGUCCUGUCCCGGACUCCAGCCAUCAUCACCUUGGUGGUCUUGCUUGUGAGCAUAGUGGUGCUUGUGACUCUCACACUCAUCCAGAUCCACCACCCACAGGUCCUCUCUCCAGGACUGAAGUAUGGAAUUGUGCUGGAUGCCGGCUCUUCCAGAACCACCGUCUACGUGUAUCAGUGGCCAGCAGAGAAGGAGAAUAACACAGGUGUGGUCAGCCAGACCUUCAGAUGCAGUGUGAAAGGCUCUGGCAUCUCUAGCUAUGAGAAUAAUCCCCAAGAUGCCCCCAAAGCCUUUGAGGAUUGCAUGCUAAAGGUAAAGGACCAGGUCCCACCGCACCUCCAUGGAUCUACUCACAUUUAUUUGGGAGCCACGGCUGGAAUGCGCUUGCUGAGGUUGCAAAAUGAGACAGCAGCUAAUGAAGUCCUUGCGAGCAUCAAAAGCUACUUCGAGUCCCAGCCUUUUGAUUUUAGGGGUGCUCAAAUCAUUUCUGGGCAAGAGGAAGGGGUGUAUGGAUGGAUUACAGCCAACUAUAUAAUGGGAAAUUUCCUGGAGAAGAACCUGUGGCACAUGUGGGUGCACCCACACGGAGUGGAGACCACGGGAGCCCUGGAUUUAGGUGGCGCCUCCACCCAGAUAUCCUUUGUGGCAGGAGAGACGAUGAGGCUGAAUGCCAGUGACACGGUGAAGGUGUCCCUGUACGGUUACACGUACACGCUGUACACACACAGCUUUCAGUGUUAUGGCCGGAAUGAGGCUGAGAAGAAGUUCCUGGCGAUGCUUCUGCAGAGCUCUCCCUCUGAAACCAACAUCAGCAACCCCUGCUACCCUCGGAGCUACAGCACCACCUUCACCCUGGGCCACGUGUUCGGUAGCCUGUGCACGGAGAAGCAAAGGCCAGAGACUUACAAUGCCAGCGACAUCAUCACAUUCAUAGGAACUGGGGACCCACAAGUGUGCAGGGAAAAGGUGGCUUCUGUGUUUGACUUCAAAGCUUGCCAGGAUCAAGACACUUGUUCAUUUGAUGGUGUUUACCAGCCCAAGGUUCAAGGACCAUUUGUGGCUUUUGCAGGAUUCUACUAUACAGCCAGUGCAUUAAACCUCUCUGGAAGCUUCUCCUUGACCUCCUUCAAUGACAGCAGCUGGGACUUCUGCAGAUACACUUGGAGUGAGCUCCCAUCCCUGCUCCCCAAAUUUGAUGAGGUCUAUGCCCGCUCCUACUGCUUCUCAACCCACUAUAUCUACCACUUGCUUGUAAAUGGAUACAAAUUCACAGAGGACACUUGGCCUCAAAUACGGUUUGAAAAAGAAGUGGGGAACAGCAGCAUAGCCUGGUCCCUUGGCUACAUGCUCACCCUGACCAACCAGAUCCCAGCUGGAAGUCCCCUGAUCCGCCUGCCCAUACAGCCUCCCGUGUUUGUGGGCAUCCUGGCCUUCUUCACUGCCAUUGCCUUGCUGUGCCUAGCAUUUCUUUUGUACCUGUGUUCAGCAUCCAGGACAAAACAGCGCUCUGAGAAUGCCUUCGACCAAGCCGUGGAUUCUGAAUGAACCUUCCAAGCAGCUCCUGGAGCGGUGGCUGCCUACAUUCCACCUGGAUGAUCCAGGCAGUGCAGGCAAAGUGUCCACCUUUCGGAAAUGCUCUAUGGUUAAAUGCCUAGCUCCUGUGCUCGGAUACUGGUUCCUGACAGAGCACCCCUUGGAGUCCCUCAACUACCCUGUUCAAGUUCACUACAGACACCUCCCCAUCCACUUGCCAGUCUACAGUGGGGACCAAGGAGAGCCAAACAGUCAAGGUCAAAGUCUUCACUCCAAGUCCUCUAGAUGAAGCUGAGAAUAUAAUGAUUUGAUGUGGAGCAUUAGCCUCAGGUCUCAGUUUCCAUUUCUUCUCUCUUGGAAUUCCUCCUAGCAAGACAUACAUGAAGACUUUGAUUCAGCUCAUUUUAUGGCUUUUUCCUGUUGGUCCUUCUAAGACCCAUAGGCACUGAACCUCUGAAGACUGGUAGGGUAUAGUAUAUCUAGGGGAGGAGACUUUUUUGGGGGGGGGAGCCGGAGUCUCAUGUAGCCCAUGUUAGCCUCCAACUCACUAUGUAGCCAAGGAUGACCUUGAACUUCUGAGCACCCCCCACCCCCACCCCAUCCCCGCCUC